CUCUUCCACAAUAACGGUUUCCGUCACGAAACUAAGGUCGAUUCUGAUAUCGAGAAUAUUCCCCUUCCUCCUCAUCUAAAGAGGAAUGACGAGCCUCUCGAUAAGCUCCGCGGAUUUGUGAAAUACAAUCGCCAGAAGAAGUUGUACCGUAAUCCGGAGGAGCGAAUGAAGGAUUGGGAUGAGGUGUAUGACUUUGGAGCUGUGCGAAGUAAUAUCCGGCAACAAGCUGCAAGAUGUAUGGACUGUGGUGUGCCGUUCUGCCAAGGUCAUACCGGCUGCCCGCUCGGUAACAUCAUUCCAAAAUGGAAUGACUACGUGUUCAAGAAGAACUGGCGACAAGCUCUUGAACAACUUCUACAGACAAACAACUUCCCAGAGUUCACUGGACGAGUUUGUCCGGCUCCGUGUGAGGGUGCUUGCUGUCUUGCCAUUUCAUCUCCUGCUGUCACGAUCAAGUCAAUUGAAUGUGCUAUCAUCGACUAUGCGUUCAUGCAAGGCUGGAUCCACGUUCGCCCAGCAGUUGAGAAUACCGGAAAGCGUAUUGCUAUCAUCGGAUCUGGACCUGCAGGAAUGGCUGCUGCCGCUCAGCUGGUCAAAGUCGGUCAUACUGUGGUUGUAUAUGAACGGAAGAACCGUGUUGGUGGUCUACUAAGGUACGGUAUUCCGUCGAUGAAACUCGAUAAAUAUAUUGUCGAUCGACGGGUUAAGCUACUUGAGGAAGAAGGAGUCCGUUUCCUAACGAACACUGAAAUCGGAAAGCAUGUUCCAGCAGAUUUCCUCCUGAAGGACAAUGACGCUAUCAUUGUCUGCACUGGUUCAACUACACCACGCGAUUUGCCGGUAAGCGGGCGAGAUGCAAAAGGGAUCUGCUUCGCGAUGGAGUUCUUGGAAAAGAGCCAACGCCGCCGUGCUGGUGAUGAUGUUCCUUGGGAAGGAUUGGAUGCAGCUGGCAAACGAGUAAUAAUUCUUGGAGGUGGUGACACCGCUACUGACUGUAUCGCUACUAGUAAUCGUUUGGGUGCCAAGUCUGUGCAAGCGUUCGAGAUCCUGCCAAAGCCGUCCGACGGUCGUAAGCCAGAGAAUCCAUGGCCAGAAUGGCCAGUGAUCUUCAGAGUCGAUUAUGGACAUGAGGAAAUGAGAUUGAAGACUGGAAAAGAUCCGCGAACGUAUUCGAUCUCGACCAAGGCUUUCUUGACCGCUGAAAACGCUGCUGGCAUCAAGGUGGUCACCGGUCUUGAAAUUGUUGAGGUUGCAUGGGAAAAGGACGAGAAGGGAGCUUGGAAACUGAUAGAAAAGCCGGACACGAUGCGGACGGUCGAAUGCGAUCUGUGCAUACUCGCGAUGGGCUUCGUCGGCCCUGAGAAGACUGUCAUCGAACAAUUGGGUCUCAAAUCCGAUCCAAGGUCUAAUAUUCUGACACCCAAGGACAAGUAUAACUCAGAUGUAGCCAAGGUGUUUGCUGCGGGUGAUUGUCGCCGUGGUCAGUCUCUGGUGGUAUGGGCUAUUCAUGAAGGCAGACAAGCUGCUCGACAGGUCGAUGAAUAUCUCAUGGGCAAGACGACCUUAGCUGGACCAGGAGGCAUUGUUACAGCUCGGAUGACUCACAAAGGUCAUCGAUAG